AUGUCGGAAAACAGCGGAGAAGUGAAGACGGAGAAUUCGGUUGAUAAUGUUAACAAGGACAGUAAUGAAGAAACCCCAGCUAAAAGAGGUAGAAAAGCAGGCAAAAGGGGAUCCAGUUUAGCUAGAACUAUUCAGGAAGGAGAAGCUACUUUAAAGGGAUUUAAUAAGGAUGAAAACGCAACUGAAGGUCGGCGGACUACGAGGUCAUCUAUGCGUGGAUCCCUUCCUACUCCCCCACCUGUAAAAAGAGAAAAGAAAACACCAGCCAAAGGUCGUGGAAGAGGUCGAGGGAAAAAGGAGGAAGAUGAAGAAGUUAAAGACGAGGAAGAGGAGAAACCUGAGAGCAGAGGAGCUAAUGGAGAAGGAGAACCCACUAAGGAACCAGAGAAAUCUGAAAGUCAGCUGCCAAAGGAAGAAGAUGAAGUAGAAGAUGCCAAGGCCAGUAAUGAAGAAGGAGCUGGUGAUGACGGUUCUGCAACAUCUGCUGCAGCUGAACCUGUGAAUUCUGAGAGCAAGCCUGAAGAAAAUUCGACAGAUCAGGCCUCAACUGAGCAGGAAUCUCCUGCUGAUGCACAGUAA